AACACACUCUCACCAAAAGAAAAAGUUCCAAAAAGUUAGACAUUACAUGAUGCUGCCAUUUAAAGCCUACCUUAAAACCUAACCUCACUAUCUCACACACCUUUAUAUAUUCUUUCUUAACUCUUCCCUCUCUUCUUAAUACUAUUAGCACCAAACUAUAUUUCCCUUCAUUUUCUUCCAAUUUCUUCAUACUCAUUCUACAUAUCACAAAAUGUUCAUAACAUUACGCCUUAUGUUACUACUAAUAAUAUCAAUACUUCUUUCACUCUCAACAAAUACUAGCCAAAUGGUAUAUCCAAAAGGAAACAACAAUAACAACAAUAAUGUUAAGGAAGCAUGUAGUGUCACAAGGUACAAAAACCUAUGCAUCCACACACUAGCACAAUUCUCUAACACGGCAGGAAGAACCCCGAGCAAGUGGGCGCGUGUGGGCGUAUCCGUUACAAUAAGCGAAGUUAAGAAUGUUCAAGCAUAUCUUACGAAGUUAAAGACGCGCGGGGACAUGAAAGGAAGAAACAAAGUCGCGCUUUCGGAUUGUAUAGAAACUUUUGGUUAUGCGCUCGACGAGCUUCACAAAUCACUAGGUGUGCUUAGAAGGUUAAGCAAAAAGACUUUUAGCACACAGAUGGGAGAUCUUAAUACAUGGAUUAGUUCAGCGCUUACCGAUGAAGAUACUUGUCUUGACGGAUUUGAAGGUGAGAAUGAGAGGCAAAUUAAAUUGCUGCGAAAUAAGGUUCAGAAUGUUUCUUAUAUAACAAGUAACGCUCUUGCUCUUGUUAACAAACUUGCUUCUACAGGUUUAGACAGUAGUAUGACUUAUCCAUAGAAGUUCUUAAAUGAAUGGAUAACUGAAAUAUAUAUUACUGUCUAAAUUAAGGUUGCAGAAAUAAGCAAGAAUAAUGUGUCAAAAAAUGGGAUAAACAAAGUUUAGCAUGUGUGAAUGUUGAUUUUUGUUGAAUUAGUGUUGUGGACUUUUCAUAUAAUUAGAAGAUUAAUGCAUUAUAA